UCAUCCUGUGACUUUUGUACAGGGAAAGGCGGCUGCGGGACUUAUACUGUCCUGUAAGGACAGGUCACACACCCUCCUCACCUCCACUCUCCCCAAGUUUAUCUCCUGUCACUCUUAACCCCUGGAGCCCCAAGCCGAGCUCCACUCGUACCGAGCUCUAGAGCCCGACUCCUUGUCCUUCUCUGGUCGCAGCCGCUGCAGCACGCCGCCGCCGCCGCCGCUUCUCUUCCUCCUCCUCUUCCUUCUCCUCCUCCUCCUCCUCCUCCUCUUUGCGGCCACUUCCGCCUAAGCUGGACGACCUGCGCCUGCUGCCGCUGCUCUCCAGAAGCCCUUCAUCGGCCCGCCACUGCCCUGCGCCGCACGCCUGCCCCACGGGAAGCAUGUUGCCCAACACCGGAAAAUUAGCAGGAUGUACUCUUUUUAUCACGGGUGCAAGCCGUGGCAUUGGCAAAGCAAUUGCAUUGAAAGCUGCAAAAGAUGGGGCAAAUAUUGUUAUUGCUGCAAAGACCACCCAGGCCCAUCCUAAACUUCCAGGCACCAUCUAUACUGCUGCUGAAGAAAUUGAAGCUGUUGGAGGAAAGGCCUUACCGUGUGUUGUUGAUGUGAGAGAUGAACAGCAAAUCAGUAAUGCAGUAGAGAAAGCUGUACAGAAGUUUGGAGGAAUUGACAUUUUGGUAAACAAUGCUAGUGCGAUCAGCUUAACCAACACACUGGAAACACCGACAAAGAGAGUAGAUUUGAUGAUGAGUGUCAACACCAGAGGAACCUAUCUUACAUCAAAAGCAUGCAUUCCUUAUUUGAAAAAGAGUAAAAUUGCUCACAUCCUAAACCUCAGCCCACCACUAAACCUGAAUCCAAUCUGGUUCAAACAGCACUGUGCUUAUACUAUUGCUAAAUAUGGUAUGUCUAUGUGUGUACUUGGAAUGGCAGAAGAAUUUAAAGGAGAAAUUGCUGUCAAUGCUUUGUGGCCCAAAACAGCCAUACAUACUGCUGCUAUGGAUAUGCUAGGAGGAUCCGGUGUUGAAAGCCAAUGCAGAAAAGCUGACAUCAUUGCCGAUGCUGCAUAUUCCAUAUUCAGUAAACCAAAAAGUUUUACUGGCAAUUUUAUUAUCGAUGAAAAUCUGUUAAAGGAAGAAGGAAUUAAAAAUUUUGAUAUCUAUGCAGUUAAACCAGGCCACCCUUUAUUACCAGAUUUCUUUUUGGAUGAAUACCCUCAAAUGGUUACCAAGGAAGUAGAAAAACAACAAGAUGCAGCUCCACCAGCAAAAGAUUGGAAACAGUAUCUACAACAACCAAAAUUAGCUGCUGGAGCAGUUGAAGAAACAUUUAAAAUUCUUAACACAGCUCUCAGUGAAGAUAUUGUGAAAGCUACUCAGGCAGUUUAUCUGUUUGAACUCUCUGGUGAAGAUGGUGGAACUUGGUACCUUGAUCUUAAAAACAAUGGUGGGAAUGCUGGAUCUGGACAGCCUAGUGAACCAGUAGAUGUGGUAAUGACUAUGACCACAAGUGAUUUUGUGAAAAUGUUUUCGGGAAAACUAAAGCCAACAAUGGCAUUCAUGUCAGGGAAGUUGAAGAUUAAAGGUAAUAUGGCUCUAGCGAUCAAGUUGGAAAGGUUGAUGAAUCAGAUGAACUCCAAACUGUAAUAGGAAUGGAGUUCUUGUUCCAUAUGUAAACCAUUUGGCCUUAAAGAGUAAAAACUUCAUUGUUUAAAAUACUACUUUUCACUUUGUUUUGCAUUUGUCUUAGUGAAAAUUUGAUUUUUAGCUUAGUUAAAUGGAACCAUAGGGUACUAUUGUUUCUUACAUAUUCCUGGUAGAGAAAUACUGGAUCUAAAACCAGCUGGCUGAAUUUUCAUUUGUCACUAAGUAUAGGCCAGAGAAAUUCUCUUUGUUAGGACUAGGUGUUUUGCAGUGCAUAAAAUCAUAUUUUAUCUUAAGGAUCAGAAGUCAGAAUUGGAUAUCUUUAUAGCUUUAUUCCAGAUACUAUAAGCAAGCUAGUUAAAAUUGAAGGCUUUUUAAAAUCUGGGAUUAAUGAAAGUCUUUGCUGAUAUUUUGGAUUUUUAAAUAGUUACAUUUUUAAGAAGAUCAUCAGUAAGGUUAACAUCUAAUGAAAUUUAAAAUGUGCUGAGGUUUUUUUUGUUAUUAUUGGCUUUCUUGUCUGGUGCAAAACAUCUACAAGAAAACAAUUU